AAUUUCAGGUAUUCAAUAAUUAAUAAUGCUUCAUUCUCAACUUUUAUUACUACUAACCAUUUCAUCCAUUGCAUACGGUUUAAUUGGGCGAAUGAAAAAUGUCACAGUAAUAGGUGAAUUAAAUUGUGGUCGAAAUUACUAUUCUAACGUGAAAGUUGAACUUUGGGAAGCAGACACCGUGGGUCCGGAUGACAAAUUGAAUACAACAUAUACGAACAGCUCUGGCCAAUUCAAGGUAUUUGGCCAAGCAAGAGAAAUACGAAAUAUUGAGCCUUAUUUAAAAGUAUAUCACUUCUGCCAGAACGGAGUUCAUGACGUGAGAUGCGAAAUAACUGAUCGUUUUGAUGUACCGAAACAAUAUCAAGGCAAAUUAUACAAUCUAGGCCUAAUCGAUUUAUCCAUUGCUACCAAGAAGCGAAAAAAGAAGUGCCACUGAUAAAAAAUUUGGAAACAAUUAUUUUUUCAAGCAAGUAAAGAAAUGAAAAGCAUUAAAUUCUAUUGUUAGCAAAGGUCAAAUCUAUGUGAAAGAUUAAAU